AAACAAUGGCAGUGACGCAAAAAGUAUACAGCACAAAAAUGAGUAAAAUGAAUGCUGACGAAUUCCAGAAAUUAAGGAAGAAAGCAGCAAAACCAACAUGGACUGGAUGGCGAUAUGCAGCAUUAAUUGGAGGUCUAGUAGGUGCAGUAACAUUGACAUUAUAUCCUAUAGCUAUUGAGCCAAUUAUGAAUCCACAAAAGUAUAAGGAUAUUCAAAAGAAAACAAGAGCCAGUGUUAAUCAAGAGCAAGUACAGCCUGGAAAUAUGAGAGUUUGGUCAGAUCCCUUUAAGCCAUUACCUAAUAAAUAUGAUAAAGAAGAUGAGUGAGUAGUAUUAAGGCAUUUAGGUCCAAAAAAGUCACCAAGAAAUUAAUACAUAAAUAACUAGUUUGAUAGAUAAUAAAGCAGAUCAGCAA